AUGACCGCCCAAUCCCAGCCUGUCUCACAGCAAGAAACUAACAACUCUGUAUCUGAUGUCUGGUAUCUCAAGACGAUAGAAUUCGGAGAAGGCGACAAGAGGAGGACGACCAAGAUAAUCACGCAGAAUUUCAAUGGGCCGUGUUCAUUCAUUGCUAUAUGCAAUAUCCUCAUAUUACGUGGCGCCUUAGAGAUUCUGCCUCCUGAACGGAAAACUGUGUCAUACGAGUUCCUUUCCCAAUUAAUAGCUGAACACCUCUUAAUAACCUGUCCUGACGUGGACAUAUCUGCCGCCCUUGAAAUUAUGCCCUGUACGCAAAAGGGUAUGGACUUAAAUCCACUAUUCACUGGUGCCAAGUCUUUUCGACCAAACGGUACUGGUGGCGAACUCAAACUUUUUGAACAAGUCGGAAUCGACCUAAUUCACGGAUGGCUUGUCGACCCAGAAAGUCCAGAAGCGGAAGCCAUUUCUCAUACAGAAGACUACGACAGUGCAGUCAUGUUAAUAGCAGAAGCAGAUCACGUCACGAAAGGUCGGUUUGUCGUGGAUGAUUCAGAUAUUCCACAGGCCGAGUCGAGUAAAUCACCAGUGUACUCAGAUGAAGAGAGGGCGAAGAUUGAAAACGCUACUUCCAUACGUCGCUUUCUUGACAGCACACAAUCCCAGCUCACCUAUCAUGGUCUCUUUCACCUAGCCUCUACAACCAAGCCCGGAGCUCUUAUGGCGCUCUUCCGCAACCUUCAUCUUUCAGUUUUAUACAAGCGCGAUACCCCGGAAGACACCUCAUUAUAUAAUCUGGUUACUGACUACAUCUUUCUAAACGAGCCGUCAAUCGUCUGGGAACGAAUAGAAGACGUGCAGGGAAGCAUGUCGACUUUUGUUGAUUCUUCGUUCAUCAAAUCGAGUCCUGCCGGUGGGGACUUUGCUGGACAGACAGCCGAGGAGGCACUAAGAGCUGCGGAGAUGGAGCAGGGAGAAUUUUAUCCAUCAGAUCCAGCGGAUCUAGCGUUGGCACAACAGCUUCAGGCUGAGGAACAGGAAGGUGCCCGGAGAGAACGUGAAUGGUAUGCUCGCGAGAAGGAGCGUCGUCGGUUAGAGGAAGUACAGAAGCAACAGGAGAAAGAAGAUUACAAACAACGUAGAGGGAAAAAGGAAAAGAAGGAAUGCAUUAUAAUGUAG